AUGAAUAUAAAUGUGAUAAGGCCAUUAACAUGGCUUCAUCUACAGGCAAAUCAGAAAAUUUCUGCGGUCAAUCGUUUCAAUGAUAAGUUAUUCUUAGGUUUAACUGAGGGGGAUUUAAAAGUAUAUUCUAUAAAACCAUCUAAAGAAGAACCCUCUGAUUAUCCAGAUAAUAUAAGGCAAACGAAGUCCUUUAAUGAUACCAAGUCCCUUUUCAAUAAUAAUGAUCAAUUGCAUAUAUUUAAUUUAGAAACUUCUUUUAAAAAUACUACUGGUAAUAAUACCGCUAUAGACAGAAUUCAUAUCAUUUCAAAUGCAUCAAAUACCAACGAUAAGGAAAGAUAUACAUUAAUAAUAUCUAACCUGAACUUAAUAAGGAUUUAUGAAUUUGUAGGUACAAGCUUAAACCUAAUUGAGGAAGUGGAGGAUCCCAAGGGCUACGUCGACUAUAUAAGUGUUCGUAUGGGACAACAAACAUUGCUAAUAACAGCGGCAAAGAAGACACUUACCAUCUAUGAAUUAAAGCGUAAAUCACGUAAUAUAUUUCUGUUGCAGAAGCUUGAGGAGAUUAUUCUUAAAGAUAAAAUAAAAGCCUUACAUCUUUUACCCCAAAUUAAUAGAAACCAAGUUAUCAUAGGGCUUUUAAGUGAUUUCUUAAUAGUUGAUUUAGAAAACAACUUCAAGAUAUAUUCUGUUCCAUUUGAUGAGAUGAAUCUAGGAAAUUUUAUGCAUACCACAUCAUUCAGUUACUUUGGAUUAUCUAAAACUGGCCCGGAAAUACGUAUUAUAUCAGUGAGUAAUGAAGAAGUAUUAUUAAUAAAGGAUACACAAGCAGCAAAAUUAAAUAUUGAGGGAGAAUCGUCAGCAGUUGUAAAUACUCCCGUUAAAUUUCUGCUGAUUCCGUUAUUUGUAGCAUGCUUUGGUCCAUGUUACCUUUUGGUUGUCUAUAAUAAAAGAAUGGAAAUUAUAGAUAUUCAAAGUGGAGAUUUAAUCCAGAAAUUUCAACAUAAUAUUAACUCAAAUUAUAUAUCAGGAUAUUAUUCAGGUAAUGAUAUAUUUUUGGGUUCUGGCUUAGACUUAUUGCAUUUCAGCAUUCUUGAUUACCAAAAGCAAGUACAUCAAUAUUUAAACUACAAGGAACCUACAGGGUUUAAAAGAAAUAUUAGAGAUAUUAAUUCUGAUUUAAAGCUACUAGGGAUUACAAAGUCAAUCUCCUUAGUCUCGAGAUUGAAUAAUGAGAAUGAAUUUUUUAAUAAGAAUAACGGAUCAAAUGAGAAGAAUAAACAAUUAUUGCUUAGAGAUUUAUAUAAAUCGAAGGCUUUAAUAUUGUUUGAAUCAUACUCUAAGUAUCAUGAGGCUUUAGUUGAGAUUGCUUCUGAUUGGAUUGUAUCAUACAAGGAUAUCCUUCCUUUAUUUCCUGACUUUCUUAAUGCUGAAAAGCAAAUAAAUGAUGUUGCAGCUAAGAAUACUUCUCAUGAACCUUCAUCAAAUGUUGUUAAUAAAAUAUCAUUGGAGGAUAUUCUGUCUACAUCAUUAGGGCAUACGACAACUGCCGAUUCUGCUACAGAUUAUGACUUGGCAGAAUCGCCAAAUUUUGAGAGAACAUCGACGGAGUCACUUAAGGGAUCCAAAUCAGUUCCUGAGCAUUCAAAGUCGACUAAUAUUAGAAAAUUCAAUAAAGCUGUGAGUAAUUUGAUAAUCUAUUUUACCGAACAAAGAAGAAUUCAUGCAAACUUUUUCAAUAGUGAUUCUGAUUCAACUCCUUCGAUUAAAUGGAAGGGUAUUGAUAUAACACCAUACGAUAUUUAUCCAUCUUUGGAUCCUGAUAAUCUAGAGAACCAACUAAAUCAAAUAGUUUCAAUUAUAGAUACAGCAUUAUUUUUAUGUUAUUAUUAUACUAAGCCAAUGCUUCUAGGACCAUUGUUAAGGUUGCCGAAUAAUAAAUGUGAUACGAAAAUUGUUCAUAAAUGCUUAUUAGCUAAUUUGCAUCAACACAGCAAAGAGCCAUCAUUUAUUAAGGAAUUACUUGAUUUUUACUAUGGACGUGGUUUACACAAAGAUGCCUUAGAAAUGCUUUAUAAAUUAGCUCAUGAAAAUACGAACGACCACAAUGACGACUUUGAUGAAUUUUUAAGGGGACCUGCAUUAACUGUUCAAUAUCUUCAAAAGCUCAAUGGGGGUGAUUUAGCUUUAAUUUUUGAAUUUGCGGAAUGGGUUAUCAAAGAAAAUGACGAGACCGCAUUUAAAGAUGCUGAAUUAAUAUUUAUGAAUGAUUCAUAUGAAUGUGAAAGUUAUGAUCAUUACAAGGUUCUUGAAUUCCUUGUAAACACUAUAAAAAAUGACUCUAUAGCCGUACGAUAUCUAGAAUGGUUAUUAUUUGAAAGUGAAAUAUUGAAAAAAGCUGAACCAAAUAAGACUGUACUGAAAUUUCAUACAAAAUUAUGUUUAUUAUAUUUGAAAAAGAUUAUAGAAAUACAAUCUGAAGACGAGGACUUCGCAGCUUCCCAGUAUUAUAUUAAAUUGAGUGACAUGCUUAAAAACACGACUCUAUAUGAGCCUUGGACGGUUUUAAACGCUAUUCCGAAAACAGAAGAUAUGUUUCUUCGGUUAACAACAUACAUUUACAAGAGAUUAGGUGAACACGACAAAGCCAUCGAUGUUCUCUUCAAUCAGCUAGAAGAUUUGGACUCGGCCAUGAAAUACUGUUCUGAUGUCUAUUACCAACCACACAACAAACAAACUGGUGAAAGAUUAUUACAUAAGUUACUUGACGAUCUAUUACAACACACAAGCGAGAAUAUAUCCUCCAUCGAGAAAUUAUUGUAUACCCAAGGGUCUAAAAUGUCAAUCCUUCGUAUUUUGACUAGUUUACCUAACUCAUUCCCCCUUUAUAAAUUAGAGAAAUUUCUCAGUCAACAACUACGAUCCUCGAUGGAUUCUGUUCACGAUACUAACGUAGCUAGUCAAUUAUACAAAGUUGGUUCAACCAAAUUACAAGAUAAAUUGCAAACAAUUCAAAGCGAAGGGUAUACGGUUGAAAGUGGAAAGCAAUUAUGCACUAUUUGUAAUAGAAAAUUGGGCUAUAGCGUAUUGAGUGUUGGUAAAGAUAAACAGAUAGCACAUUAUGGUUGUUAUCAAAGAGAGCAGAUAGAUACUAUUUGA